CGCUGAGGAAGCCCCGCAUUGCCCCUGGCAUUUCUUGGGACGGCCAAAAUUUUCUUCGGCGAUGCUGCAUUGGAGGGUCCAAAGAUCUAAAGUACUGCAGUGACGACGACCGUCUUUCCACGGGAUCUACACAACCAUGGAUAUGAACAAGAAGAAGCGAACGCUUCCCAAAUCCUCUACGAACCCGCUGUCUAAAAAGCGCCGCAAGCUUCAACAAGCCGCCUCAGGAGGGAAGGCUAAGAAGCGCGUUGAUGUCAACUCGCUGCAAUGGCGGACUGUCGAUGUGCCCGAGAUGUUCGAUGAUGCGGAAGGCUUCUUCGGCCUCGAAGAAAUCGAUGGCGUUGAUAUUAUCCGUGACGGAGACACGGUGCAGUUUGUAACCGGAGAGCCGUCGGUAGAUGACGGCGAAGAAUUCGAGGGCUUCGACGACGAGCCAGAAGUCCCGCAUACUGGCACGGCGGAUACUAAGGAGGAUACCCAGAAACAGCUCACGGGUCCAUCAAAAGGAGCCGAGAAACAACCCAAGGGAGCCGAGAAACAACCCAAGACAGCUGAGAAACAGCCCAAGAGAGCCGAGAAACAGCCCACGGACCCCGCGAAAGGAACCGCGAAUACAAAAGAGACCAAGGCAGGGGCCAAGGCAGAGGCCAAGGCAGCUAAGAAAAAGAAGGAUUCGGCCGCGAAAACGAAGAGAGACCCGGAGCUAGAAACCAACCUGUUUUCGAAACUCGAGAACAUUGAAGACCCGUCCGAAGACACAGAUCUUUCGGCUUGGGCCCCCCUUGAUCUGUCGCCACAAAUGCUGACCUCGAUUGGUGGCCUCAAGUUCUCCAAGCCCACAGCUAUCCAAGCUGCCGCCAUCCCGCAAAUAAUGGAAGGGUUCGACGUUGUCGGAAAGGCGUCCACCGGGUCAGGAAAGACACUGGCUUUUGCUAUACCAAUUGUGGAAUAUUGGCUUGCUCGUCACGACCAGAAAGAGAAGGAGGCCGCGCCGAGGCAUCCCACGGCAUUGAUCCUCUCGCCAACAAGAGAAUUGGCCCACCAGAUUACGAACCACAUCAGAGAGCUCUGCGCCGGCCUGCCCACGUCUCCAUACGUCUGCAGCGUCACGGGUGGCCUGGCGGUGCAGAAACAGCAGCGACAGCUGGAGAAGGCAGACAUCGUUAUCGGCACGCCUGGCAGACUAUGGGAAGUCCUUAGCUCCGGCAAAGCUUUGCUCAACUCAUUCAAGGAAAUCCAAUUCCUGGUGGUUGAUGAGGCGGACCGUCUCCUGACCGAAGGCCAUUUCAAGGAAGCAAAAGAAAUCUUUAGUGCCUUGGAUAGAGUUGAAGGCGACGAGGAUGACGAGGAGGAAGAGAGUCCGAAGGAAAGGCAAACCCUCGUCUUCUCUGCCACGUUUAACAAAGGACUGCAGCAGAAGCUGGCCGGCAAGGGCAGGUAUGACCUGCUUGGCGAGACACAGUCCAUGGAGUACCUCCUCAAGCGGCUGAACUUCCGAGAGCGGCCAAAGUUCAUCGACGUCAAUCCGGUGUCACAAAUGGCCGAGGGCCUGAGGGAAGGCAUGAUUGAGUGCGGCCCCAUGGAAAAGGACCUAUAUCUCUACGCAGUCCUUCUGAUGCAGUCGAGGCGUCGGACCUUAGUCUUUACCAACUCCAUCAGCUCGGUCCGGCGACUGACCCCCUUACUACAGAACCUCGGCUUACCGGCCAUUGCAAUUCAUUCGGAAAUGGCCCAAAAGGCCCGGAUGCGUUCGAUUGAGCGCUUCACGGCGUCCAAAGCGGGUGAGGCUGGAGCCUUCUCCAUCCUGGUCGCCACCGAUGUAGCAGCUCGCGGUCUCGACAUUCCCGGCAUCGAGGUCGUGCUGCAUUACCACGUCCCGCGAACCGCGGAUGCGUAUGUGCACCGGUCCGGCCGCACCGCAAGAGCCCAGAGCUCGGGUCAGAGCAUCCUAUUGUGUUGCCCGGACGAGGUCACGCCCACCCGCCGGCUCGUGGCGAAGGUCCAUGCCGCCGCAACGACAAAGGCCGCGAAAGCGGGCAAGGAGGACGGUGGCAAGUCAGCCACGUUCUUCAUCCGCACCGUGGACAUCGAUAGGAGGGUCGUGUCGCGCCUCAAGGAGCGUGUCGUGAUCGCCAAGAAGAUCGCCGAUGCGACGCUUGCCAAGGACAGGGGCGGCAAGGAAGACAACUGGCUGAAGGCUGCUGCUGAGGAGCUCGGGGUCGAAUAUGACAGCGAGGAGAUCGAGAAGGCUGGGAAAUGGGGCGGCAGGGGGAGCGGGAGGAAGCAAAAGGAGAAGGAGGCGAGGGAGCUGACCAAGGCCGAGCUUGGGGCUCUGAAGGCGGAGUUGAAGAUGCUCCUCUCCAAAAGGGUGAAUCAGGGAGUCAGCGAGAGAUACAUCACCGGCGGUGGUGUCGAUAUCGAUGAGUUGUUGAAAGGCUCAAAGGGGGAGUUCUUGGGCAAGGUGGGACUCGGCAUCGACGACGUAUGAGGCUCCCAGGUCGUUCCGUUUAGUCUAUAAAUAUUAGAUACUUCUCCCAGGACUAUACUUAUUUGCAAGCAGUGCUGGGUAAAAAUAAUAAACGUCGUCCUGG